CGGGGUAAAAACAAUUUAUUGGGAAUUUUUUGGAUAUAAAUAGGGUAAUUUGGAUAAAUUUUAAUAUUUUGGAUAAAAACUAUUCGAGUAAUUCGGUUCUUUAGGAUAAUUUGGAUAAUUUAAAAUAUUCUAGAUAAAAAAAAUAUUCGAGUAUUUCGAUUUUUUUUUGAUAGUUCGGUAUAUAAGUAGUGAGUUUUGAAUAUUUAGUAUUUUUAAUACUAAAUAUAAUUAAUAUUUUUAGGUAUAUAAAUUUUAUUUCGGAUAUUCGGGUAUCCAUUCGGUUCCGGUUCGAUUUCGGUUUUUCGGUUAUAGAAAUAUAGGAACCGUUCGGUUAUCUUUCAACUUUGGUUCGGUUUCGGAUUCGGUUUUCGGUUUUGUUUUUAUGGCCAUGCCUACUCUAUUCUCUGUAAUUAGCACAUCUCUUUUGCAUUUGUUUUGUUAAAUAGAUUUCUCUGACUAUUGAUAUAUUCUUCAAAGAAAAACAGAGACUUUGCUAAGCGUAACUACGUAUGAAUUGAUACAAUUGUCUAUUAGAAUGGCUAAAUCCGUUAGUAGCCAAACAACAUUAUGACAUUCUCAAAGCAACUGCUCACUUUAUUUUUCCUCCUCUUCUUCCUCUUACCUCUCCGUCACGCCUCAAAACCUAAAAAAUGUCCUCCUUCCCGCUGGGGAUGGCUUAGUUGCGGGCCGCCCUCGGAAGUACCCAUUCGUUUUCCUUUCUGUGACCACAAGGGAUUCAAUCUCCGUAGCAACAAUCUCAAUAAAACAGUCCUACACCUUCCCAUGUCCGGAGCCUUUCUUGUCGAGAGCAUCGACUACCUAAACCAACGUAUAUCUAUCAGCGACCCUGACAACUGUUUGGCUAAGCGGCUUUUGACAUUCAACCUUUCAGGAUCUCCCUUCUCUUCUCCUUUCUAUACCGAACACACGUUCUUUACCUGUCCUGGUGACGUCGUCUUACCCUCCUCGUAUCGGUCCAUCCCUUGCCUAAGCAAUUCUACUUCCUCUUUCUACGCCACAACUAGUUAUGAGCAGGCAAGCAGCUCUGCGUUUCGUUCUUGCCAGAUUGUGAAGAGAUUAGAUGUUCCGGCUAGUUACAUCAACAGCGAAAGCCUCUUGCUGGAGUGGCACUCGCCCAAUUGCACGAGCUAUGAGAUGGAUUACUUGAGAUGUGGAUUCAAGAACAAGGCCUCCCUCGAAGUCAAAUGCUUCGGUAAUGAACCUGCUUCUAAAAGAAACAGAGGAAAAGAAUCAAUAAUAGUAUGCGUGUCCAUAUUCGGAGGAGUCAUCUUAUUCUUUCUCUGUUUAACAUGUAUCGCUUGCCUCGUAGACAAGUGUAGCAAUGUCGAGGGUUCCGAUUCCCCGAGACAAGAGAUUGUGGAAUCAAGAGAGAUGAUCGGAAGGGCCACGAAUAGGGGCCUUGACCAGUGUACAAUAGAAACAUACAAGAAAAUGGAGUUGGGAGAAAGUAUAAAGCUUCCGGGGACAAAUGGAACUGCGUGUCUUAUUUGUUUAUCAGAGUAUGCGAGCAAAGAAACCGUACGGUUCAUACCAGAAUGUGACCACUGCUUCCACGUGGAAUGUAUUGAUGUGUGGCUCAAGAUUCAUGGUUCAUGCCCUAUUUGUCGGGACUCGCGCGCAUUAAGAUAGAAGCAUGGGUUGAUUGGCGACUAGUGUUUGGUUCAUUCAGGCUUUAGUUGCUGGAUUCUAUUUUAACGUUACAAUGAAUGCUACGGGUUAAUUUGUGUGUAUACAUGUGCGAGUGUUUACUAUAUAAAUUGAUGGUCUAUGCUUUCUGCAUAAUUAGCCUACUCUUCCAUACCUAUAUCUAUUAGGAUUAUUUCUUUUGAAGCCUCAUUCUUUCUUUAAUCUGAUGUUAACUAUCAGGAAACACUAAAGCUUAUUGUUUUUCUUCAAUUGUCGAAUUCAUGUUCAUUCCACCACACCUUGUAAAAAGUCUCUUAACAUCAAACGCUGGAUCUAAAAGGAUUGGUCAAAAAGAGAAGGGCCUGGACUAUUGUUCUUUUUGACAUUAUGAUCUUUGUUUCCACAUAUUUUUGGAUCCACUCUGUUACAAGCCAAAACACAUGUGAACACUUUCA